GCCUGGGCCGGAAGCGCGUGCGGAAGAGGCCGCGGGACCCCCCGGGAACCUCCCAGGACCCUCCCGGGCCCCCCCGGGCGCCAUGGCGGGGCAGGAGCAGGUUCCGGUGACCUUCGAGGACGUGAUGGUGUACCUGAGCCGGGCUGAGUGGGACUCACUCCAGGCGGGACAGCGGGAGCUGUACCGGGACGUUGUGUUGGACACCUAUGAGCUCCUGACAUCCCUGGGUUAUCCAGGCCCCAAACCUGACAUCCUGUACCGGCUGGAGCGCGGGGAAGAGCCCUGGAUCUGCCCAUCCUCAGGACACACCAGGAGCUGGCAGGAGGAGCCACUCUCCAGCUGCUGGCCCGGAUCCAGUGACAGUCCUAGGCUGGAGGAGGGUCCAGAUCCCCCAAGUACAGCAGGCCAGAGCGCUCCAGAGUGUCUCCAGGCUCAGAGGCUCCUGAAGAAUUUGGGCUGUGUGGAGGGAAGGAGUGAAUUCCCAUUGGAAGCGGCCAGCGGAGUGGGAAGCCAAACCCAGACUUGCCAGCCAAGCCAAGCCACUUCACAGACGUGGCCUGUGGAAGGAGCAGACAUUAAACGGGGAGUCAUGGAAAACCUACCCCAGAGCGGGACAGUCCCGCCUCAUUGCAUGGGGGAACAGCAGAACGUGGAUCCUCAGGAGCAGCUGCGGGAGGACCCCAGGGAGAAGAGUCCCGGGAGCACCCAAAGCCAUGGAUACACCUCGGGAGAGUCGCUGCUCCCCCAGGAGCUGCAGGAGCUGGGAGCGGAGGAGCUGAGGGAGGCUGUGAUGAAGGAUCACAGCUACUGCCUGCAGAGCGCGCCGCAAACGCCCAGCUGUGCUCCGGGGCCCCGCUCCACGGGGGAACACAACUAUUUCCCAAAGCCCUGGGCACAUCCCAGAUUCUGCUACGCCUGGAACCACAGGGCUGCAGCUGCCCAGGCCGUGCUGGGCCGGGCGCUGAUGCAGCGAUCCCGCAUGGGUGGGAUCCUCCGCAAAGACAAGGACAUCCUGCCGCGGUACCGGCCCUACUGGAGGGCAGCGUUUCCCUGGAGCUACGGCUCCCGAUGCUGCACUCCCGUGGAGGGGACGCAUGGAAGGGAUUGUAUUCCCGAGGACCGGGAUGGGCCGUGCGCCCUCCGGAGCGACGGGAACGCCGGAGGGGGGACAUUGGACACGCAGGGGAUUUUGGGAGUGGGGGGUUCACCCCAAAUGUCGGCUGCCAGAGUGAGGCCUGUGGAGGGUCAGAGGACCUGGCAGCUCCAGGGUCCUGGAGCUGAGCAGAACGUUAAGGGAUGUGUGGCAUCCGGGAAAGCCGAGGUGUCGUCGCUCCAAGGCCUGUUCCGGGCGGUGCACCAGGCGGUCGGGCAGAUGUUGGACUCUGUGUGCCAGAAGCUGGAGCUCCAGGGGUUCUCCCAAGGGAAUAGCAUCUGGCCCAUCACCAUCGAGAUCAACAGCGUGGAGGAGAUUGAACAGCUGUGAUUCCUGGGGAAAACUGGAAUUUGAGUCCCUGGGGAAACCUGUCAGGGAGGGAUCUGGGAGGAGAAACAGUGCAGGGGUGUAAAACUGGGAAUGUGGGGUCUGUGGGAAAGUGGGAUUGACUGGGAAACUUCGAGGAAAGGAGAGGAGCAGUGUGAAUCAAAGAAGGAAAUAAAACUGAGCAAGGGGAGGAUUGAAUCAUGGAAUCAUGGAAACAUUUGGAUUGGAAAAGACCUUAAAGCCCAUCCAGUCCCACCACCUGCCAUUGACAGGGACACCUUCUGCUAUCCCAGGUUGCUCCAACCUGGCCUUGAACACUUCCGGGGAUGGGCAGCCACAGCUCCUCUGGGCAACUUGUGCCAGGGCCUCCCCACCCUCACAGGGAAGAAUUCCUGCCCACUAUCCCAUUGGACCCUGUCCUCUGGCAGUGGGAAGGCAUUCCCCCUCUCCUGUCCUUUCUAACUGGUGGGUGGUUGGUGUUUUCCAGCCAGGAUGUGCCCGAUCACUCUUGCGUUUCCAUCUUUCCAUUAAACUUCUUUAGUGAAACAACCUCCAAUCAACAAAACUCUGUCACAGGGACGUUGUUGUGGCACCAGACUCUGAGGAGGAAGUGAAGCUCCCUGAGUUCAGUCAUGGGAAGAGCCAGGAGGAAGCAUGUCCAGGGAAGGGAACAGAGCUGGGAAGGGGCUGGAGCAGCAGGAGCAGCUGAGGGAGCUGAGGGGGCUCAGCCUGGAGAAAAGGAGGCUCAGGGGAGACCUUCUGGCUCUGCAACUCCCUGACAGGAGGGGGGAGCUGGGGAGCCACUUUGUCCCUGUUCCAUGUGGGUCACAUCACUGUCCCCAUUCCCGGGACCCCCCGGACCCUCCGCCUGCCCCGGAUGCGGAAGCGGCGCCACCGCCCAAUGGGAGCGGGCGCCGCAGAUCACGUGUCGCUCUGCGCCAAUCACAGCGCCCGACGCAGGCCCGGAUGUUUUUCGGCCCUCCCAACAUGGCGGCGCCCAGUGAGAGCGGUUAACGCGCCACUUCCGGGUCCGGGGGAGAACGCACCGUGCGGGGGGCGCGGCUUAACCCGGAAGAGCGCGGGAGGGUAUUUACGGAGAGGCCACGCCCCCCGCGCGCCGCGGUUGCCAUGGGAACGCGGGGCCGCUCUCGCCGCUUCCUCCGGAACGGAAAACCGGGAUACGGAGGGGCUGGAGAGAGUCCGGAGCGGCCCCGGAGAUGCUGCCAGGGCUGGAGCCCCUCUGCUCUGGAGCCAGGCUGGGAGAGCUGGGGGGGUUCCCCUGGAGAAGAGAAGGCUCCAGGGAGAGCUGAGAGCCCCUGGCAGGGCCUAAAGGGGCUCCAGGAGAGCUGGAGAGGGACUGGGGACAAGGGAUGGAGGGACAGGACACAGGGAAUGGCUUCUCACUGCCAGAGAGCAGGGCUAGAUGGGAUACUGGGAAGGAAUUCCUGGCUGGGAGGGUGGGGAGGCCCUGGCACAGGUUGCCCAGAGCAGCUGUGGCUGCCCCUGGACCCCUGAAAGUGUUCAAGGCCAGGUUGGAUGAGGUUUGGACAAACCUGGGAUGGUGGAAAGUGGCCCUUCCCAUGGAACAAGAUGAUCCUUAAGGUCCUUUCCUGCCCAAACCAUUGCCAGGCCCUUCCGUGAUGCCCCAGCUGUGCCCUCCCUUCGGCUGGAUCCCGCAAUCCCAGAGUGGUUUGGAUAAAAAGGACCAUAAACCCCCUCCCCCUGCCCAGGUGGGAUCAGUGUCCGAUGGCUCCGUUCCCGGGAACGAGUCCAAGACAGAGCCGUGGGCGUUCCGGAAUGGGGAGGGACAGCGCGAUCCGGGAAGGGCAAAUAAACCCAGGGAUGGAUUUAUGAGCAGGAAUUCCCCCAGCUCAGGGUUUGGGUUUGGGCAGGGAGGGUGGUCAGAGUUCACCCUGGAAUAGAAACUUCCCGGUGAAAACUCACCAGAUUUUCCCUUUUUCAUUCCCAAAGUUGCCUCCGAGGAUUUUGUGGCUGUUUGGAGCCGGCACAGGGCUGGCAAAGGUGCUGAAAAAUCACAUUUAAAUAAAUCUGUUUUGUGGCUGUU